AUGUUUUCAUUUUUAAUACAAGUUAAUAUGAUACAAAUAAAACAGAUGAGCGAGCUAAAAAUCAUGGAUACCUUGAUUAGUUUGUCACGAGAAGCCAAAGAACUUUAUCUGCCUACAGAAAUACCUCGAUUACCCACUGUACCAUCGCCGAUUACAUUUCUGAGAAAUUAUGUCACACCAAAUCUACCCGUGGUUGUCGAAAACAGUGUUGCCCACUGGCCAGCGCUGACGAAGUGGACAGAUGAAUAUUUGAAACAAACACUGGGUAAAAAAGAAGUGACUGUGGCUUUAACACCUACUGGGUAUGCUGAUGCUAUAGUUGGAGAAUGUUUUGUUCUUCCUGAUGAAAGAAAAAUGCCUUUCGAUGAAUUUUUAUGUCUAAUGAAACAGAAAGGAGAUAAAGAAGUUAUGUAUCUACAGAAACAGAAUAACAGUUUUCUUGAAGAAUUUGCAGAACUUAUUCCUGACGCAGCACUUGACAUACCUUGGGCUACUGAGGCAUUUGGUAAACUUCCAGACGCGAUCAAUUUUUGGAUGGGUGAUGAACGCUCAAUAACGUCCAUGCAUAAAGACCCUUACGAAAACAUUUACGCUGUCGUUCGAGGCUCGAAAACGUUUAUACUUCAUCCACCCACUGAUCUUCCCUGUAUUCCGUAUGAACUAUACAAAGUUGCUAGAUACAAACAGGACCGGAAUGGUGGUUAUUUUAUCAAUGAGCAGAGAAAUACGGACUGUUGCGAUAAAUGUGUUAAAUUAAAAUGUAAAUUUAAAACUGCAUCCAGUGAAGCUGCAGUUGUUAAAGGUAAGGAAAGUACACCUGGCGAAAAUGCAUGCAGUGAGCAGAGAGAAAAUGCAUUCUGUAAGGCGGGAGACGAAACGGCCAGUAAAUGUAAAAAGAAUGCAUCUACUGAACAGAGAGAAAAUGCAUGCAGCAAAAGUGAACACAAUCCUUGUGACGAAAACAAAAAUCGAAUUAGAGAGUCUGAAAGUGGUAUAAAUCCACUUAAUUUAACCGGAACCGAAAACAUAUGUCAUUGUCACUCAACGACUUCAAUUCCAUGGAUAAGUAUCAAUCCAUUGUCACCAGAUUUGAAACGAUUUCCAUUGUACCAACAUUCUAAUUCAUUGAAAGUGACGUUGCGGCCUGGAGACGUGUUGUACCUUCCCUCGCUGUGGUUUCAUCACGUUCAACAGAGUGAAGGAACGAUUGCUGUCAAUUUUUGGUACGACAUGGAAUAUGAUAUAAAGUAUAAUUACUUUAAACUCAUAGAAAAUAUUAAAAAUAAUUUUUAAAAUUUUACAUUACAUUAAAUUCACGAUUAAGACAGAGGCGCUUGUUUAAAGACAUUUAGGAAAUAGGACUUUGUCAAGGGGAAAAAUUUUGGUGAAAGCGGAUUUUUUACAAAAUUUACAAAAAAAUUGUAAACAUGCAAGCAAAAUUGUACGAAAAACUUUUCGGUAAAAAC